CCCAGGAAGCGGGAGCAGGAAGCUGCGGGGCAGCGGGCAUGGCGGGCAGUGGCCCGGCGUGUAAAAGCCAUUGCCAUGGGCCUCCUCGACCUCAUUUACACAGCAGCCACAGCGUCCAUGGAGACCAAGGUCUCCCAGGCCCAUAUCCCACUGCUGAAGACCCCAGCACCUGUGAUAUCGUCAAGGCUACACAGUAUGGAAUGCUAGAGCGAUGCAAAGAGCUGGUAGAAGCAGGAUAUGAUGUUCGACAACCAGACAAAGAAAAUGUGACUCUUCUUCACUGGGCAGCAAUAAACAACAGACAGGAGCUGCUUAAAUAUUACAUUUCCAAAGGUGCGGUAGUGGAUCAGCUUGGUGGAGAUUUGAAUUCUACGCCCCUGCACUGGGCCAUCAGACAAGGACACCUUCCCAUGGUCAUGUUAUUGUUGAAAUGUGGAGCGGAUCCUAGUCUUAUUGAUGGGGAAGGAUUCAGUAGCAUUCAUUUAGCAGUGCUGUUUCAACACAUGCCCAUCAUAGCCUACCUCAUAGCAAAAGGCCAGAACAUAGACACAACAGACUUCAACGGACAAACACCUUUAAUGUUAACAGCACAAAAAACCAUUGGACCAGAACCCUUGCGGUUUCUCUUAAAGUUUAACCCCUCUCUCAAUGCUGUAGACAAUGUUCAAAAGAAUACUGCACUGCAUUGGGCAAUAGCCUUAGGAAAUACUAGUGCAGUGGAUCUGUUGCUGGAAGCUGGUGCCAGCCUGGACAUAAAAAAUGUCAAGGGAGAGACACCGCUUGACAUUGCUUAUCAAAGUCAGAAUCACUUCAUGGUUUAUAUGAUACAAGAGGAAGAAAGAAUGAGAAACAGGAGAAAUAAUAGGUUACUGAAAAUAGUAGAGAAAUAUGAGCUCUUCCUGAUAUUAACAUCUUCCUUGACAUUCAUGUGGGCCAUUGGAAAUGUCAUGGACUUAAGUUCUGAUUCUUGGCUUUUAAAAGGAGGUUUGCUUCUCAGCCUGCUGUUUGGGAUGGCUCUGUUUGUGAGGCAACUCGUGGGGCUCAAGAAUCUAAGGUAUCUUCCCACAGCAUUUCUGUUAAGUUCAGUCUUUUGGAUGUCCAUGACCUGGUUUUUCUGGUUCUUGCCUGAUACCACAAAUGCAAUUCUUAAAAUCACUGUCAUGUUCAGCAUGAUGGGUCUUCUCUAUUAUUUCUAUAAAACCUGGAGUACUGAUCCUGGAUAUAUAAAAACUUCAGAAGAAGAAAGAAAAGAGAACAUUAUAGCUCUUGCGGAAGCUGGUUGCUUGGACUUCAGAACAUUUUGCACAUCAUGUCUUGUAAGGAAGCCUUUGAGAUCUGUGCAUUGCCUUGCUUGCCAGGCAUGUGUAGCCAGAUAUGAUCAACAUUCUCUGUGGACUGGACAGUGCGUAGGUAUUGGGAACCAUUAUUACUACCUGUUGUUCCUGUUUUUCCUGACCAUGACUGGUGUCUGGCUGCUUUAUGGAACUCUUCAGUAUUGGUCCAACCACUGUGCAGCAAGUUUCCAGCAAGAUGGAGUGUGGAUGUUCUUCACCCAGACUGUGUCCUGCUCUCCCUGGGUUUCCUACAUCUCCUCAGUAGCCUGUUUCCACACCCUUUGGGCCUCAGGGUGGCUCUCUGUUCAGCUUUAUCAGAUUACAUUCCUGGGGUUGACCUCACAUGAAAGAAUGAAUCUCCUGGUGCAGAGAAAAUCCUCUAAGCAUCCUGUUUCACUCAGGAAGACUCCAUACAACCUUGGAUGCUUCCAGAAUCUUGCAGACUUUUUUCAGUGCAGUUGCUUUGAUAUUUUCAAACCCAACAUAAUUGACUGGACCAAGCAAUAUAAACUUUUUCAUCUGGCAAAGGAGAAAAAAGUUCAUUCUGUGUAAAGUUUUGCUUAAUUUCUAAGACAAUUGAGCUAAAAGCUAAAUAAAACUGGGUAUUUUGUUAAUUUUUA